AUGAAUAUUCCUGGUGUGGAAAUUUGCUCAAAUAUAUUUGGUGCUUUCAUUGAGAGCACGAGUUAUACUCAAUGCGUGUUCUUGAAUCAAAAGAGUCUGUUUCCUCAUAUUCAUCACUCAAUCGAAGCCUUCCAAACAACCAUGGUUGGAAGCAUGCACAUGAGAAGCCGUGCCGCUGCUACAACUCAAUCCGCGACUGGUAUGAGCCAUCAUGAUGACGCAGUGUUGAGUCUUCCACCACGUUCCAUUGCCGAAAUUGUGGCUGCCACCAUGGUUCUAGCCAUCACCGCCUCUCCACCACAUUGCGCUAGCAAAGUGAGCCUAGCACCGCCACAAGGCUCCAUGGCCAAGACCAUGGUUCAAGCACACGACCCCAUGGACACCAUAAAAUUCUAG